AAAAGUACUUCGCAAAUAAUCAAAUAAUCAGUUUUCUAUGGGUAAUCUCAAACGGACGGUAAGAGUGCAAUAUAUGGGAACAUGGACAAUCUAACGGCCCAUAUUCAAUUGGUUCAUCAUAUCAACGACCUCAAAAACUCAUUUCACGCGCGAAUUAAGCUUGAUCAAAUAUUAACAGCAGAGUUUCACCUUUGUUAACAUCAUUCAUUAUAUUGCUUAAUUGAUAGUCAAUCUUGAGUUUCCAACAAAAUCUCUCCAAUCCCUUUCUUAAUUGUUAACCAACUCGAGUUUAUUCUACUAAAAGUUUUGCUUUUUGCUGUAAUGCAACCAAGUGAAGCAAUAUCUUCUGACCCUAUUCAGAAAUUCGCGAAUCUCCUUUCGAAAUGCAUUCGAACUAAUGAUCUCAAACUCGGGAAACUCAUACACUCGCGAUUGAUCAAGACGGCACUACACAUUAACACAUUACUCGCUAAUCGACUGGUUGACAUGUAUUCUAAAUGCAGCUCUCUAGAAUAUGCGCAGCGGGCAUUUAAUGAAGUGUCGAACAAGAAUUGUCAAUCUUGGAAUACGAUAUUAUCGGGUUAUUGUCAAAGGGGCCUUUUUGUAGAAGCCUUCAAGGUGUUUGAUGAAAUGCCUGAACCAAAUGUUGUGAGUUUUAACUCGAUUGUAUCGAGCUUGACUCGUUGUGGGUUUCCAGGAAAAGCGAUGGGUUUUUUCAAAAGAAUGGGAAAGAGAUAUGGGGAUGAGUUCUUGAUUGAUGAGUUUACGGUUGUUGGUGUGGCAAAUGCUUGCGCGUGUUUGGGGGUGUUAAAGUUGUUGCGUGAAUUGCAUGGGUUAGCGAUUGUGGUUGGUGUGAGGUUUAAUCUUGUUGUUUGUAAUGCGCUAAUUGAUGCUUAUGGGAAAUGUGGGAAACCGGAGUACUCGUAUUCAAUUUUGUGCCGAAUGCAUGAGACAGAUGUAGUUUCCUGGACUUCGAUGUUGGUUGCUUAUAUACGUGCAUCUAGAUUGGCGGAUGCGUGCUCACUUUUUGAUAGCAUGCCAGUCAGAAAUGUGGUGGCUUGGACUGCUUUGAUCACGGGAUUUGCUCAGAAAGGAGAAGGAGAUAAGGCUUUGUGUGUCUUUAAGGAAAUGCUGGAAGAAGGUAUUGUACCCAAUGCAUCCACUUACGUUAGUGUUCUAGGUGCUUGUGCAGACAUACCACUUAUAGAAAAGGGGAAGCAGGUUCAUGGACACAUUUUUAGAUAUACAUGUUUUAUUGAUUUGCAUAAUGUGUUUGUAGUUAAUGCUUUAAUUGACAUGUAUUGUAAAUGUGGAGACAUGAUAUCCGCUAUUACAUUGUUUGAGAGAUUAGAUGGGAAGGAUCGAGUUACUUGGAACUCGAUAAUAAUUGGGUUCGCUCAAAAUGGGCACGGAGAGAUGACAGUAUGCAUGUUUGACAGAAUGAUUGAAGCCGGUACAAAACCAAAUCAUGUAACUUUUCUUGGGGUUUUAUCUGCUUGUAGCCACUGUGGUUUAUUAUCUGAAGGAUUCCACUAUCUUCAUUCAAUGGAGAGGGAAUACAAUAUAGUGCCCCAAUUAGAUCACUAUGGGAUUUUGAUUGAUUUACUUGGACGGAAGAAUAGGCUUCGAGAAGCUGCAGAAUUAAUCAAGGGAGCUCCUUGGGGAACAAACCAUAUUGGAAUGUGGGGUGCACUUUUGGGUGCUUGCAGGGUACAUGGGAACUUGGAACUUGCUAAAAGAGCAGCAGAAACUCUAUUUGAGCUGGAACCUGAUAAUGCUGCCAGGUAUAUUAUGUUAUCCAACGUUUAUGCAGCAGCAGGAAGGUGGGAUGAUGCUCGCAGACUGCGAAGGUACAUGGAUAACAGAGGAUUGAUGAAAGAAACAGCUUAUAGUUGGAUUGAGAUAAAAAAUAUCAAACAUAAGUUUGUCGCUAAGGAUAAGUCUCACAGUCAGUCAGAAGAAAUAAAAGAGUUGCUACUUAAACUCAUAGAUCCAAUAAAGGAUACUGGAUAUGUACUUCAUAUUGAAAGCUCAUACUUUCUCGAAGAUGAUGCAUUUUCUUGACAUCAUUGAAAGAGGUUGUAACCAUGUACAAACCUAUCUAAUUUAACAAUUAAAUAUGAUCUCUGGUGCAAAUCUGUUCUGAUGAAAUUUCUGGAAAAGAGAAAAGCGAGGGAGAAAUUUUACUUUUCCAGAUAUCACUAUCUUAAAGGUAGAAACACGACCAUGAGAUGUUAGGCACUAUUAUACAUUCUUUGUUGGCUGAAGUUUCAGAGAAGUUGAUGUUACGAGAAGCAGAUAGAUCCAUAUCCACCUCUGCGGUGCACAGGUUACUAUAUCUGCAUUCUUUCAGUGAAACGCAAACCCAGUCUGGUCAAAGUUUACUACAGCAGUAUUAAGAAGCUGGGAUAAGCUAAAGGCCAAAUAAAAAAUCAAGGACAAAAAUAUUCAGAAGAUACGGUGUGGCACAAGACAGCUCUGAGCAAAUAUCGCCCGAUAGGUUCUCUUUAAACUGGGGAAAAAAACAGGUUCUUGAGAAUUAAGAUGAGGAUCUUUUAAGGCAUGAGGGAACAUUUGCUGAGGUAAGUAAUUUAAAUAUAGUUGGAGGAAUUGAGGCACCAAAUGGUUAUGUUAUGUUUCCAUAAGCUGUCCCUGCUAACUGUUUGUUCCCAGUAAAGCAUCAAUUUAAAGGGGGAAAAGAAAAGCUAUUUGUAGGCAAUACUUAAAUGUUGCUCCCCUACUCCAUUUCUCUUUACCUCCUACAAAAUCUAUAAUGCAGAUCUUGGAGAACUUGCAGUGGUUCAUGACAUGUUGGUUCCCUUCUAAUGGUUAUUCAUCUCAUCAUUUUGUUAUGAUCUGAAAGUGAGCCUUUUGGCCAUUGAUACCGACCAUUUAAUCAACUGUC